GCUGCACAAAUUGAAUAACUCGGAUAUUUUUAUAUCAAUAUAAACAAUGAAAAAGCGACAAGCAAAUGUCUAUGACGCAGUUUCUGAUAAGAUUUUUGAUCCACAUAGAUAUACAAAGCCAUUAAACAGCUCGGAAUAUCCUCGUCUAAAAAAACAGCGUCCUCGUGGACCUGAUGAACAUUUAAAAAUAGUUUCAGCAGAUCCAGAAGUGCAGCUCCCGAAUUCAGAUUUACUUCGGUCAUUAUAUCAAUAUAUUUCAGUUUAUUGUACAAAACAUCAAUUUUCACAGCUUUUUGAAAGCCUAGAUGAGACAGCAUUAUUAGCAUUUGGAUUUUUGAUAGAAAAAACAAUGGAGACACUUUUAGGAGAAGGAGAGAAUAUGUUUAUUGAAAAAAAACAAGAUAUUUAGAUGAAUUAAGUUAUUUUGGAAAAUAAGACAUUAAAAACGCUAUUA